AUGCCGAUCAAAUUGCCCAAGGCUUUUCCACGACGAAAAUCAGCUGGCAAUGCGCUUGAAGACUCUCCAAUACCCACGCAAUCCUCGUUCCGAGUCCUCGAGAGGCCGUCAAACAAGUCGUUUGAGGGCCCAGAGACCUUGAGGCGUAUUAGCUACGCUCGACCGUUGAGUGCCAGCCAGUUGGAUAAUCAACCGUAUUCAGGGGAUAACAAUAAUCUUAAUGUAAACAACCGGUAUGCUCCAAAUAGUCAUCUCAACGGGGUGGACCGUGCUGACAGGUGCGACAGCGGCAGCGGCGGUACCAAUAAUUCAGGCUCCAGUGGUGGACAUGACAAUUCCUCGGCCUCCGCCCGGUUCAGUUCAUCUUCGACCUUGCCGUCUUCUACCGACGUGCCCAUAGACGACACAAACCAGAUAAAGAAUCCCUACAGAAUGGCUGCGCCGCCUGUUCCAGAAUCUUCUGGCAUUGCUUCGCUGAAAGCUGCUGGACGUGCGUUCUCUUUCGGAAGGAGGAAGGCGGAAAGUCAAGCCCUCAAUUCGCGGCCUGCGGUUGAACAUACUCAAACUGAUGGACGAGCGUACUACGCAAGAGAAAGAGCACUCACAGAGACUAGCCACACGAGUGAAAGCACUGCCACGCCGCCCAAACUACUUGACGGCGGCCUAGGCUUCGGAUCUACGGACAACUUUGGGCGAAUGUUUGAAGAUUUUGGGAAAAGGCAGAGCCAAAUUGACUUGCCCCAGGGAGGCCUAGGUAUUCGUCAAACCGAAAGCCCGGGUAGACUGUCUCCCACAGACGAUCCGCGGGAUGGAAUGGCCCCUCCUCACCUUCCAGCCAUGGAGCGGACAUAUAGUUAUGAGAAGGGUGAUGAGAAUUUUCACCAGCCACCCCGCCCUUUAAAAUCAAACACAAUGCCACUACCGAGCUCUGCAGUGCCUACAAAUCGGAAUAGACAACCCAGACCGCCAUCGGCCGCGCUGCGAAGAAGUAGUGGAUACGGACAGCCGAGUGGCUUGGCCCGGGAUUCUCCUACGUCCCAGGAUCCAGACUCAAGGCUGUUCAUGGACUCUAUGGCGAUCAGUAGACGCCUUGACCGAGCUGCUAGUGGCGGUUAUCAAGACAGCGAUGAUGAGGACAAUCCAACGGCCUCACUAGUACCGCAAGGAAAGCACUCACCUUCCACACAGGUCACCGCAGGCGCCCAAUAUUAUUCAGCGAAUACCAACAGGCAAAUCCCCUCGAGUCCUGGCUUUGAUCCAAACCAUCGUAACGCCUCUCCCAAUCCAUGGCAAGAAAGUUCAACGAAUUCAACGCCCCGGGCGAAGAGGGUUGGGCUGGCCAACCAAGAUGAAAGGUCAAUGUUCGAUGCAUCGCCUCCUCUGCCUGGAGAGAGGGUGCCUCCACCCCGACAAAGAAUACAACCUCCGCCGAAACUUCGUACUCAAAACAAAAUCAUGACACCAACGCAGUUUGAGCGGUAUCGAAAGGAACAAGAGAUCAAUCAAGCCGUCGGCAAGCAAUCAAUCAAUGAUGAGUCUGAUGAGGAAGCGGAUGACUAUGAGGAUGACGAUGAAGUAGAGCGCAAUAAGCAGCUGGCAAAAGAGAGACGCAAGCAAGAAGCUCAUUUAGCAGUCUACCGGCAGCAGAUGAUGAAGGUGACCGGAGAGCAAUCCUCCGAUAGUCCAAACGUGCAAUUACGGCCGAGUAUGGAUCGAGCAAGUAUGAGCGCACCCAACGUGCAGAACCGAGCAAGCAGUAUAGAAAUCAAUUUCGACAAGCCUUCAGAUGAUGGAGAAAGGGGAAGUGACGAGGAGGACGAAGAUGUACCACUGGGCGUUCUCGCUGCACAUGGCUUUCCUUCAAAGACCAGACCGCCUACCUCAAUGAGUGCAAACAGUACUAAGAUACAGUAUAAGAGCGAGUCCUAUCCUCCACCACCAGCGUCCACGAGCGGUGCUUCCCAAGGUGGUCGAGCGAGUGGUUUGCCGCCUUUCGCUAGACACCUUCCACAAGAUCCCUACUACGGAGCCAGCCUCGUCAACUCUCCUAACCGAGAGUCCCUCGCCAUGGGCCACCAAGGCCCUCCUUCAGUAGCUGGGAGCAUUCCACCUCAUGUCCCGCCAGCUGGUCUCGUUGGUGUCAUUGCAGGUAUGGGUCAGAUGCCGGGAAUGCCACCUGGGAUGCCACCAAUUAUGUCACCUGGUGAAAGAGCAACUGUCCAGAUGUCUGAACAGAUGUCGCAGAUGAUGCAGAUGCAAAUGCAAUGGAUGCAACAGAUGCAACAAAUGAUGUCGUCGGGAAUGCAGUUGCCGCCCGGUCAGGUACCUCCAAUGAUGCCUGGGCCACCCGGCAUGAUGAUGCCGCCAAUGAUGCCUCCUGGGUACGGUCAGCCUGCAAGACCAGCGUCAUCCGGCCCUCCGACCGGAAAUGUUACGCCUGGAGGUCAGGCGCCAGGCAGUCGUGCAAUGAGCAUGAUGGGCGCUCAGUCUUGGCACCCACCGCAGCCUAACAAUCGACAAUCUUUUGCCCCAAGUGUAAUGAGCGGUGGGCUUGCUGGAGGAGGCCCAGGAUACACGCCCUCUUUAGCGCCUUCCGAGCGAAGUAACGUUGGUCUACCAUCACGCUAUCGACCUGUUUCUAUCGCUCCAGCAGACGAACACAAUCCCAGAGCUCAUUCCAGAACGUCAACUUUGAAUAGCAAUACUUUGCAUCCAGGUGCUCUAGGCAGAGAUAGCAGACUGUCAUCUUCUCAGGAACGAAAAAGCAAUCUCUCGUUGCGACCGAUCAGUCAAGCACAGAUGAGGAAGAGUGGCAGUGACGACGAUGAUGAAGAAGGAUGGGAGGAGAUGAAGAAGAACAGGGACAAAAAGAAGAGCAAGUGGAGGCUCAACAGGAAGAAGGAUGAGCAAGCUGAACCUGGCCUCGAGUAUUAUGAAUAUACCGACGCUUAA